UCCACCCUUACACUGCUUCCACUCUCGCUUGGCUACCACCACGAUUCUCGAACUUCCUCAUAAGCCUACGAUUAUCUCCGGGUUCAGGCACUUUGAUAUUCCUGCUGCUCUUUUCGAGGUAUCUUCAAUCUCGCCCCAGGCAGCCGACAACAGAUACACAUUCUCACUCCCGUCACCGCUCAAGCUGCUGCUCCAUCCCCAAGACAGCUUCUUAUUCACUUUACCACAAUCGAAACUAUCACCACGGAAUCAUCCUUCUUGUCGUAUACCGCACACAUCCACCUUUUCACCUGCAUUCCAUCCGACCUGCUCGUCAUAGCCAGCACUGCCAGGCCCUCCUCUAUUUGAAUCACUCACGCCAGUGAAUCUCUUCGAUUCACUACCUUCAACCGCCACACACGCCCAGAGCUAGAUAUAUCUGUCUAGCCCAGCUGUCCGGCCCUCAUAUUCCUCACCUGUUGCACACAAAGAAACCGAAUUCUCUUAUGAGAUUUCACUGAGUCGCGACUACAUCCUCAGCCAUCGUUCACGACAAAGACACCCCCGACGCGACUUUUCCUUUAGCGAGAGUCAAGAAGCCACUCCCUGUCUGCCGUUCGCGUGUGCACCAACUGCACGCCUGUCUGCUUCAGAUACGCUACUGUGGUGACCAAACCAGGGCCACCGCGAGCCGCGACUUGAAAAAUCGGUACGUACCUCCCAAAGCUGGCGGCUCUGGUCCCAUUCACAAUACGGUACCCACUGCAUACCACAUCACGUCCAUUCGUUCCCACUACCUCAGCAAAACACAUCACACAUUGAUUGUCCUUUCACCUCCUCCCACAUAAACAACCUCAGUUUUGCCCAAAGCCCAAUCUCCUAAUACCUCUACCUCUACCUCUGUAUUGCAACCCCCUCCUUGGCCUCAGCAUCUUUGCAUCUUUGUCAAUUGGCUUCCGGGACGCGACUGAUCUCGCCCAUCAAGUGUUUGGCGUCGAGCUUGAGCAAGCGUUUUGCCCGCGUUCGAGUCGCCCGUCAUCAUCAUUCCCCAAGGUAUGCAUGUCUCGACCUUGCUCGCCUCUUUCCAUUGCCGCGCUCUUCCUCUUCCUCUCCCUCCAAGCACUCGAGUUGCUUUAUCCUAUGCUGUCUCUGCUUGUAACCUAACCUUUGAGGUGGCACCGGCAUCUCGACGCGUCCCAAUGCUAACCUUGACCUCAAAGAAUCCUAUACCUCAGAUACUCAACUUGACAUAAUCAGUUGACAAGAUGCCCGUUACCCGUCCGGCGCGUGCAACACGCCUCGUUUCGAACGAGAACGAUGAGAACAGCGGAACCACGCGCAUGACGCGUGCCAAAGCAGCUGCACUAAGCGUUGACGAGCUCGCUGUCCCAGGAAAGGCUCUCGCCACUAAGAAGUCUGCAACCAACGCGAUCCCGGCAGCUCAACGAACCAAACGCGCCGCCCUCGGCGACGUCAGCAACGUCAACAAGCCAGAUGCUGGCGCAGGCAAGAAGCCUACCGGCAAGGUCGGCCUCGUCUCCAAGGCUGAGAAGCCUACCGGAAUCACCAAGAAGUCUACCAGCACCACCAGAUCUGUGGCACCCAGAGAGAAGAAGGACAAGGCACCCGGCUCAGGAUCGGGCGCAAUCUCAAAGAGAAAGGUCACGACCAAGGUCAUCAAGGAGGAGAAGGAGAUCUCUCUGGACGACAGCGAACCUAUGCGCAAGAAGCCAGCUACCGAGAGCCGAACCAAGCCCGACCAGGAGAACGUCAAGAGCCAGACUCCAGUCGAGUCUGAGCCCGUUAAUGCCAACAAGCCCUUCGUCUACCCCAAGAAUGUCACCAACCUGGACGAGGAGGAUCUGGACGACCCGUUGAUGGUGGCCGAGUAUGCCAAUGAGAUAUUUGAGUAUCUCAAGGAUUUGGAGUGCAACUCCAUUCCCAACCCCAACUACAUGGAGCACCAAGACGACUUGGAGUGGAAGACGCGCGGAAUUCUAGUCGAUUGGUUGAUUGAGGUGCACACGCGCUUCCACCUCCUCCCUGAGACUCUCUUCCUGGCCAUCAACAUCAUUGACCGCUUCCUCUCGGAAAAGGUCGUGCAGCUCGACCGCCUGCAGCUUGUUGGCAUUACCGCUAUGUUCAUCGCCUCCAAGUACGAGGAAGUUUUGUCGCCUCACGUCGCCAACUUUCGUCAUGUUGCCGAUGAUGGAUUUAGCGAGGCUGAGAUCCUUAGCGCCGAGCGAUUCGUUCUCGGAACCCUGAACUAUGAUCUGAGCUACCCCAACCCUAUGAACUUCCUGCGUCGCAUCAGCAAGGCCGACAACUACGACAUUCAGUGCCGUACUAUCGGCAAGUACCUGAUGGAGAUCAGCCUCCUGGAUCACCGUUUCAUGGCCUACCGUCCCAGCCAUGUCGCCGCCGGCGCUAUGUACCUGGCCCGCCUCAUCCUGGACCGUGGUGACUGGGAUGACACCAUCGCAUUCUAUGCUGGCUACAACGAAGAGGAGAUUGAGCCCGUUGUUCGCCUCAUGGUGGACUAUCUUGCCCGCCCGGUCGUCCAUGAGGCCUUCUUCAAGAAGUAUGCGAGCAAGAAGUUCCUCAAGGCCUCCAUCCUUACCCGCCAAUGGGCGAAGAAGAGUGCUCCUCACUUCGGCAUUGUCGAUGUUCAUCUCUCCCUGGACCAGAUCUCAAACAAGGAAGACGAGCACUAUCCUGAGGAAGAAGAGGAAGAGGAAGCCAAUUAUUAGCCAUCCUGUGCCGAAUAAUUGGAUCAUCUUCUGCGUUUACGGCCACUUUUACGAAUGCAUACAUCGGCGACACGCACCUCUAUAGGUGCAGCAGUCAUCCUUGUCGCGCUACCCCAGGUUCUUGAUAUUAGCCCUCACGGGCUCGCGGGGGGAAGGCGAUUGGGCUUAUUCUUUUUCUCUGGGUUAGAUUGUGUCCAGACUCAUCUGUCAGAUAUGGGCAGCUGUUUUGUGUUGCUUUGUUUUUGUGGGUUUAUAUUUUCCAUCGCAUUGGGACUUCGUUGCUCUUGUCUCAUGAACGGCGCAUGGAGUCAGGACAAGGAUAUCACGAAAGCGGACGGUUUGGCUGGAGUUCGUUGACUCUGUCUUCCACUGGGCUGGCAAGACAUGGAAUUCACUAUUUUUGUGUGUUAAGGCAUGGCUGGCCUACAAGUGAGGGUAUCUUGUCGUCGUCUAAUCAUUGCUCCCGUUUGGAGUGUUUUGAUGAUGCGCAAUGAGGGAAGGCAAACAUACCAUACAUCAGGGGCGGGAGUGGGGGCUGGCUUAUCGCCAACGGCAUCGUGAAAAAAACCUGUACAUACAUCUGUUCGGAC